AUGGCAAUCCUUCGCAAUGGAGGCACCGCUAUAGAUGCGGUAGAGAUUGCGAUCAAAAUACUCGAGGACCGCGAAAUCACGAACGCCGGCUAUGGGAGCAACCUCUCUAUGGACGGCAUAGUUGAGUGCGACGCUAUAGUCGUGGAUCAUCUCGGACGCAGUGGUGCCGUCGGCGCGGUUGCUCAAAUCAAGAAUCCCAUAUCUCUGGCGCGUAUGAUACUUGACCGCACAACCAAGCCAUUGCUCCUGAAGCGCGUUCCUCCGAAUCUUCUCGUUGCUCAAGGUGCAACCGACUUCGCAUUUAGCCAAGGCAUGCCAGUUCUUCCUUAUGAUGCAAUGGUCUCCCCAGCUGCCCGAGAACGUUGGGUCAAAUGGAGGUCUGAUUUGGCGCAUGCGGAACGGAAGACGUCUCGCAUCGUGGGUCCGCCUAUAACUCAGCCUGAAUACGUCCCUGAGAUGUUGGAUCCGCUUGAAGAGGAAAGAGAGCGCAAGCGGCUGCGUUCACAGCACACUCAAGCCAUGCUUCGUGGCAUGCCUGCUUCGGCUAAGAGUACCACAUCUACUAAAUCCACUUCCUCUUCGCCAAGCUCGAACACGACAUCAGGAUCUUCUGGGAGCUGCAUCUCCGCAUCAGAACCGACCUCGGCCGCUCUCAAUGAAAGCGGCCCUGAACAAGGCGCAUUCAGAGAGGCAACACAAAAUCCCUUGAUCAAUAGCACUCAAACUGUACCCACGAUGGCGUCUCUUUCAGGUAACGAUCAGGUUGAUAGGAGUUCCACGCCUGAUAUCAGUAUGAGCGAUGCCUCCGAACAAGCAGGCAACCAGAUCUACCAUGCAGGAGAAUUCCGCGAGCGACGGUCUCGAGCGUGGAACGAUGGAUCGGGGGAAGAGUCGGAUUCAUCUUGUGCAACACUUCAGCUUCCGUCUCUUACUCCGACCCCUCCUCCUCAGGAAGCAUUCGAGCAACCUCUUCCAGAGACGCCCGUCAAAGAGAGCAGACGUACUCUUCAGCGUACCUCCACUGAACUUCGCCACGUCGUUGAUCAUGCUCCUUUGCCGCCUCCACCAGAACCUCGGCGAGUCUCCAGCCAGGAUAAUUCAGCUCAGCAGAGGCAAGAUCAGACCUCCCACCAAGAGCCUCGUCUCGAUCUUAUAACCGAUACUGUUGGUGCCAUUGCGGUUGACUGUUAUGGCAAUAUUGCGUGCGGAGCCUCUUCUGGUGGUAUUGGCAUGAAAUACCAAGGACGGGUCGGUCCAGCGGCCCUCGUUGGCGUCGGGGCAGCUGUGGUACCGUGCGAUCCCGACGAUAGGGACAAAGUCUCAGUGGCCACUGUUACCAGCGGUACCGGCGAGCACAUGGCUACCACAAUGGCCGCAACUGUCGGGGCUGAGAGACUCUAUCACAGCUUGAAGAAAAACAAGGAGAACAAACUGCAGCCCGUAUCCGAGGAAGAUGCUGUUAAAGGCAUGGUUGAGAAGGAGUUUAUGGGCCACCCAAGCGUCAAAAAUAGUCACUCCGCCGGUGCCAUCGGAGCGAUGAGCGUCAAGAAGACCCGCGACGGUGUUUACUUCUACUUUGCUCACAAUACCGACUCCUUUGCGUUGGCAUCCAUGCACUCCGAUGAAGAUAGGCCGACGUGUACCAUGUCUCGUAGUGUGGGGCCCGGCAUCACAGCUCAAGGUGGUCGCUGUCUGCGUUAUAAGCGCAAGCGGUAG